AUGGGAAUGACUGAAGAAGAAGACGACAGCGGCCUUUCCUCUUCUGGCGAAGAUGAUGCGACUAGGAGUAAUACGAACGACGACAGUCCGGACAGCGAUGAAGAUGACGAGAAAGAUCAACAACAGGUCACUCGGUCCGGAUCCGGCAUGGAUUGGGCUGCGCUGCUGAAGCUUGCUGAGGAGGCCGAGGCCGAGCUGGAGGAGACGUAUUUGAGCCCCCUGCAACAUCAUAUCAACCAGUUAGAGCGCGGAAAGGAGGUGCAAAAGCUUGGCUCGCUGCGCGCUUUGCCGGAAAUGAUUGAAGAGGAAGGAGAAGCUGCCAUUGAAGCGCUCCUGCCGGCUGUACAGAAAUGCCUUCGCGACGAGGCGGCUAAUUUGGAUGUGCAUUGUGAGGCAGCGGUUGUUUUUAAAAGCAUACUUCAAAACCUGCGGCUCGUCCAAAAGCAUCCGGGUCUCAGCGAGAAGCUCCUCAAAAACAUCCUCGAAAACGUGCAGCAACAAAAGGAUAAUAUGAGCGCAGCUGCUUGGCUCGAAACCCUGGUGGAUAUUUCGGAUCGACUGGACUUGCAAGCUGUCAAGACUUAUAUCGUGCCCGUUGUGCAGCAACAAUCCGAGCCCACACAACGCAUCCAGCGUCGAAUCAUCGCCACCAAACUCCUCCACAAAUUGGCAACAAUUUUGCCGCAAACCGAGAUACGCAAAGAGCUGGGGACGGCCGUGCAGACGCUGUGCGAAGACGGAAACGCCAAUGUGAGGAGCGGAAUGGCGCAGAGGAUCACGCAAAUUGCAAAGAGUCUCAAUACAGCAUCGGAAUCGGUGUCCUUGGUGCUGCCCUGCCUGGUAUCGCUGGUCGGCGAUGAGGAGGCGCCGGUUCGAGAGGCUGCCCUGAAUGCAAUUGCUUCCUGCAUUCCCACCUUCACAAAAGAAGCCAAAAAGUCGACUGUGCUGCCACUUGUCAGGAAGUGCACCGACCAGGCGGUGACCAAAGCCGACGAGCAGCUCGCCAUCGUCGCAAAGAAUUUUGGCGAAUGGGCUUAUGAGCUGAGGGAGGUGAUGGACGCACUGGACCAGUCGUGGGUGCUGAACACGUAUCUCAGGAUGGUGUCGUGGGCACAGCCAAAAGACGGGAAGACAGCUCGAGAAAGUCUUCUCGGAACGCUUGUACGCCGAGCUUGUGCUUACAAUUUCCCGUGUCUCCUCGUCAUGUUCCCAAAAGCCUUCGAGCGGCUUCUCCCACUUCUGGAGGCUUUUUGCGGCGACUCCGAUGAUGAGGUCCGAGUGUCGAUAGCGGCCUCUUACCACGAGAUUGUCGCGCUCUACCCGACAAAACAGCAGCUCAUUCCCCCAUUUGUCGAGUUGGUCCGGAGUGGUGCUACGGAAGUCGUGUCCAAGGUAACUUUCAACCUGGGAAAAAUGCUGCCACUCCUCUACAAAUGCGCGCGACAAAAAGAAGAAGACG